GGUCCUUCUUUCCCUCCCCGCCCCCAUAGGAAGUAAAGUAGUCCUCCCUUCCUCCUUCUCUCUUUUCCCCCCUCAUCCUUCUGAUUUUACACCCCAUCCACCUUCCACCUCCUCUCCCCCUUAAGAAGAAGGACGAGAUAACCUCAUUGGGAGAGGUAGUAAUCAUGAGCCCCUCCAGCUUCCAGAAGCCAGGAGGACGACCCCUCAUCUAAAUCCAUGGAGGGCAUUCUUUUAUAAAAAAUGUUUUUUUACCUGUUUUUUUAAUGGACCGGAUGAUCUCCAACUACGACAGUGAAAGCUACAGCUUUGCGGGGGAGGUAGCUGUAUCCGGUUGGGUGGCAGGCGCAUCCAAGGGGUACCAUGAAGUACUCUGGGCCCCUGGAGAGCCAGAGACUGUCCGUUCUUUUAGAAAGGGCAGUCUCUAGAGAAGCCCAGAUGUGGAAGGUGUACGUGCAUAAGACAACAGUUAAUCAGGAUGCAGCUAUUUCUCCACAACAGCGGGAAGAGGUGAUCCACUGGUUGGCCAAACUGAAGCACCAGUUCCAUGUUUACCCAGAAACCCUCGCUCUGGCCAUAAGUAUUUUGGACCGUUUUCUGGCCUCUGUAAAGGCCCAUCCAAAGUACCUGAGGUGCAUUGCAAUCAGCUGCUUCUACCUUGCUACCAAAACCGUUGAGGAGGAUGAACGGAUUCCUCUCCUCAAGGUCUUGACUCAAGGAAGUUCCUGCGGUUGUUCUCCAGCUGAAGUUCUCAGGAUGGAGAGGAUUAUUCUGGACAAACUGAGCUGGGAUCUUCAUACGGCUACACCACUGGAUUUCCUUCACAUUUUUCAUGCCAUGCUGCUGACGACCAGCCAACAUCUGUUAGACAGUGAGCCCGAGGUGAACCCAUCACAGCACGUAGCGCUGCUGACUCGCCAGCUCCUACAGUGCAUAGCCUCCCACCAGCUUCUGCAGUUCAAGGGGUCCAUGCUGGCACUGGCCGUUCUAAGCUUAGACAUGGAAAAACUGCUUCCUGACUGGCUUGCUCUUACUAUCAAACUACUUCAAUCUGCACAGAUGGAUAGCACUAAGCUGUUUCUCUGUCGGGAAGAAGUAUCGCGACACCUUUCUUCUCUGCAGGCUUCCUUGCCUCCCAACACUGUAUAUGUCUACAGUCCCCUCAAGAGGACACUGGUGACCUGCAACAGAGGAGAGUACCAAUUCCGUCCCUCCUCUGUCUCAGGCCCCAGAGUCCACUACAAGGGCAAAAGCACACCAGGAUCUCUUAUGAAGGGAGCACCGUACUUCUACCAGCGUCUGGCAGCUCCGGUAGCCUGCAAGCAGGCCUCUACUAAGAGAAAAGUGGAGCAGAUGGAAGUUGAUGACUUCUAUGACGGGAUCAAGAGGCUUUAUAAUGAAGAUAGCACUGUUGACGUUGGGGUCAUGGAGAUUGCUGCAUGUAACGGUGGUCUGUCCAUUCAAGAGGGCAGCAUAUCCCCUUGCCCCCAACUUCAAGCAGUGUCUGUCAUGUAAUAUCAGCACAAAUAUUGCAAAGCCACAUGCUAGAUUAGAUUCCCUUUUGACACCUUCAGAUGUGGUGGGGUAAGCAGUGUCAAUGCAGUGCAUUGCAGGCCCCCUAAGCGUGAGCGGUGUUCACAUCUCACUAAUAACUGUGUGUACUCGGAGGCCAUGCCCAACCAGCCCUAGACAGAAGUCUGUAUUACUUGUGCUACUGAUUCUUGUUCCAUCUGUCAUUUAACUAAAAGCUUAAAAAAAAAUAUAAAUGAACAGAAAACAAAAGUACAAAAAAAAUUACGAAAACAACCAAAAACAAUAACAAAAAAAAUUAAUUAGCAGAAUUGUUUAACCUAGUGUUGUCAGUUCCCUUGUGUUCUGCUGGUAUAUUUACUGUAUUUUGUGCACCUUGACAUUUCCCUGCAAGCCUGUCCCAUCUUGUGUUCUAGACUUGUCCUUCAGUAGAGGCUUUAUCUAGGCCUGUGCUCUACCUCCCUUCUUCAUUUUCGUCUUGUGCUAUUGCUUUCUUGUGAAAACUGACCUUACACUAAAAAGAUUUUCAGUUAUCAAAUUGAAUUGACAGACAAAAUAAUAGAUAAGAAUUGACUUACUCCAUUGUCAGUCCUAAGUACUCUUGUUUUUCCGCAUCAUGUGGGUUUUAUACAGUGUAUAGUAUCUGCUACACAAAACAAUCAAUGUUUAAUUAGCUGUAGAAAUGGCAUCCUUGCCUUCAUGCCAAGCAUUGGGCCCAGCAGUCCUCUGCUUGUAGUGAGAGCACGAUAUGUAUUCUUGCAGUCAAUGUAAGGUACUUUUCCUUGCAGAUCUAAACUCACCAGAUCAUUUGUUAGGAAAAAGCAAAAAUUGGGCUUUCACUUGUAGUUGUGUUCAGAAUGCAUCAUGAUCAUGCCUGGUUUGGAGGAAUGUUGUUAGCACAUUUUGCACUCAGGAUUUUUAUUGUUUUCCCCUGGGACAGUGUUCUAUAGAGUUCAAUAACUUAAGAAAAUAUGAAAUUGUUAGCAAUACUUCUAUGUCCCAGCAUGCAUAUUUAUUCUUUCUGUAAAACUGCCUUUCACAACAACCUACUUUAGAGAGCACUGCUUAAUCUGGAGCAGGCAUGGCCAACGGAAUCUAACUCCCGUAUAAGUUUUUCCUGGUUGCAAUAAAGGAUAUUGCCCUAA